CCAACAAGGUCGGACUUUUUCACAUUUCACACAAAUAUAUACUCUCUUUGUCGUUUGGGGUUUUUGGCUGAGUAGUGGCAGGUGAAGAGGGUAAUCGAUUUCCAUGGAGCCGUCGCCGGAAAUCAGUGAGCGUGUAGAAGAGGCAGGAACAAUCAACGGUUCCGAGGAAACCCAGAACGAGAAUGCUCGAUCGACUUCCGUUGGGACCAACACUGGAAAUUCGUACACGGUGUUUUUGUAUUGGCAUUUACUUAAACUCAUCUACACUGUCGGCGAAAUCAUGGCGGCGAUAGUCGUGCUGGUAGUGUCGAGACGAAGACACGAGAAGCCGCCGGACGGACUCUUCAUUUGGGUCAUCGUCUACGCAGCUAUUUGUGCGGCGAGUCUUCUUAUUCUCUUCAAUCGGUACUUCCUUGCCUACCCUAGGCUUUAUUCCGUUGUGGAUAACUUAAAGCUUGGAUAUGAAAUAAGCUUUGCGCUUUGGUUCGGAGUUGGCAAUUAUUGGAUAUUAGGAGACCACUCUUCUUCAUCUAAGGCUCCUAGUUUGUACAGACUCAGUGUCAUGUUUCUUACCUUUGGAUACAUCAAGUACGCCACGCCUUUUGUUCUAUUUUCAAUUGCAUUGUGCCUCCGUGGGCGCCUGAGUUCAAGAAGAGCAGCCCCUACUCAAUGCAUCAAUGCUUUGCCUACUUACAAAUUUAAGUUACUGAAAAAUGGUAGUAGCAACACAAGGGAUGGAGAGAUAAAAAUUGGUGAAGAUGGAGUUGUGGCAGCAGGAACAGAGAGGGAGCGUGUUAUCUCCAGUGACGAUGCUGUCUGUUGCAUUUGCUUGGCAAGAUAUGAGGAUAGUGAAGAUUUGAAGGAGCUGCCCUGUUCGCAUCUAUUCCAUGGUGUUUGUGUGGAUAAAUGGCUCAAGGUCAGGGCACUAUGUCCAAUCUGUAAACAAAUGGUUCGUGUAAACAGUAGGCAAUCAUCUUCAUCUGCUGACUCCAGUCAAGUAUGAAACAUAGAGAGCAACAAAGAAUGGGGGAUCUUUCUAUUCUUUCAUAGAAUGGGGAUAACUUUCGGGUAGAUGGGUCAUGUGCUUCCUCCACGGGCUUCAUCUUUGUGAAUCAAAUUACCUUUGUAUAUAUUCACAUUGAUUAUAUAUUAGUGAAAUGGUUUGAAUCAAAUUAAAAACUUCUA